AUGGACAGCGCCCUCAACACCAGCGUCCAGGGCUUCCUGCUGCAGGGUUUCUCCGAGUUCCCGCGCCUGCGGCCCGUGCUCUUCCUGCUGCUGCUGGCCGCGCACGUGGUCACGGUGGCAGGCAACCUGCUCAUCCUGGCGGCCGUGGCCGCGGCCCCGCACAGGCCACCCAUGCUGCUCUUCCUCGGCCAGCUGUCGGCCAUCGAGCUGGGCUACACGCUGGUGGUGGCCCCGCGUGCGCUGGCCGACCUGGCGGUGCCCGGCCCCGCGCGCGCCCACCCCAUCUCGCGAGCGGCCUGCGCGGCGCAGAUGCAGCUCUUCGUGGCGCUGGGCGGCGCCGAGUGCUUCCUGCUGGCCGCCAUGGCCUACGACCGCUACGUGGCCAUCUGCCACCCGCUGCGCUACCCCGCCGUGGUGACGCCCGCGCUGUGCGCGCGCCUGGCGCUGGCCUGCUGCCUGGGCGGCCUGGCCGUGUCGCUCGGGCUCGUGGCCGCCGUCUUUCGCCUGCCCUUCUGCGGGCCGCGCGUGCUCGUGCACUUCUUCUGUGACAUCACCGCGCUGCUGCACGUGGCCUGCACGCACGGCUACGUUGACGAGCUGCCGCUGCUGGGCGCCUGCACGGUGCUGCUGCUGCUGCCCGCCGCGCUCAUCCUGGCGUCGUACAGCGCGCUGGGUGCGGCCCUACGGCGCCUGCGCGCGCCCGGCGGCCGCCGCAAAGCCGCCACCACGUGCGCCUCGCACUUGGCCGUCACCUUCCUGCACUACGGCUGCGCCACCUUCAUGUACGUGCGGCCCAAGGCCGCCUACGCCCCGCGCCGCGACCGCACGCUCGCGCUCGUCUACACCAGCGUCACGCCGCUGCUCUACCCGCUCAUCUACAGCCUGCGCAACCGCGAGGUCACCGCCGGCCUCCGCAGGGCGCUGGCCUGGCGGCGCUGGUCCAUCGGCUGCCCGGGGCGGGCGCUGGGCGAGGCCUGA